AUGGCUGAGAAUACAGAGAAGAAUUCUAUUUCACCUUCAGAUCAGAACGACAGCAAGAACAGUUUUGGAGAAGACGAAAGAAUACCGAGGUUGGUUAGGAUUUCAUCAUUGCAUCCCAAUUAUGUGAGGCAUAACACGAGUCUGGCAGUUAGUCCUGUAAAGCUAUUACUUGAGGAUGAUUUAAUGACCAUGACAAAGGAUUGGAGCCAAGUAGAGAUUAAUGACGAGAGGAGGUUGGUGCGUUUCAAGUUCAGAAGGGAAACACCAACGGAUUAUUGGGUUACUUUUGAAGCUGUCAGAAAGCAAGAUUUUACCCACGAGCAACCAAUAAUUUCAUGCAUAUUCUGGAGAGAGAAGAACAUACAUAUUGCAACAUCAGUUGAUAUUAUUUUGAUAUUAGAGUACUUGGUAGAGCAAAGCUUUACCAUAGAGGAGAAAAAUAGAAUACGGAGGAAUUUGCAGUCUUUAAAGCCCUACACUAUAUCUCGUUCUAAUAGGUCAUGCCAGCGCUUUUUCAAUGUAUUAAUGAACAUGGAGGAUCCAAGACCCCGAAACAUCGAGAAGGACCUCAAGGUAUUCAAAUGGAGCGAUUUGUUCAAUGCUUUUAAUAAAGUAAUAUCAAAAUAUUCGACAAAUACGCCAAAACACGUUGUUCUGGGGGAUAAUAGUAUUGUUCACAGCAAGUCUCUUCCUGCUCAUGGUGGCGCUGAUAUACUAGGUGCGAAUGAUAGUGGUAUAUCUAAAUCCCAUAGUGCUGAUGUAUUGACUUCAAGUAGUAAGAAUAAUGAAAUGUCGUCAUUUUUACCAAACGAAAGAUUGAAAAUAUUGAAGAGGAAAGUCACGCAAUCAAGAAACCUGAAUCAGUUGAAUAUAAAUGGAAGACAUAAACUAUUUCAUCAUGCAAUAACCCCAACGGACCCUAUCCCAAUUAUGCAUGAAGCUGGUAAGCCCCGCGGUGAUUCCAAUUUCGAUAAGGAAAAGAGUUUCGAUUCCGACAAAAAUAAGAAUGCUGAUAAUUGCAACAUAAAUGCCAAGGAUAACGAUAGCAAAAAAAGCGAGAAUGAAUACCUGACAGAAUCAGAGCCAUUAAUCAAAAUGCAUACUUGUAUGACAGAAGAUAAAUUACCGGAUAAUUUAGGUUCACAUUCAUUUUCUGGAUCAGAACUUAAUUCUAGAUUAAACAGUUAUAGUUCGGCACCACCUUCGAUAUCACCAAUUUCUGAUUCAUCAAACUCCAAUUUCAGUAAUAAUAAUAAUAAUAAUAAUAAUAAUAAUAAUAAUAAUAAUAAUAAUAAUACUAGUCUAACGAAUGAAUCCUCAAGUGCGCAUUCAUCAAAUGUUUUCACUAAUGCUAGUUCGAGGAGUACACAAUUGUCACUUGAUUUACCAUAUCUGAACAGUAUUGGAGCUAAUGUAAGAAAGAAGACUUCCUCGGAUCAAAUGAUUGACAAUAUGAGCAAGCCUUUAAAUAAUAGUCGAGCACAACAAGAGCUAUAUUCUAAAAAUCCUCAUACUCAUUAUUUUCAAUAUCCAUCAAAAUCUCAAUUAUACAAUAAUGAUGAACCUAAGAAGUUGAGUACUAAUAAUGUUAGAAUUCACGACGAAGACACUGCAGAUAUUAAAAUAGAAAAGGUAAAACUCCCUCCUAUAGAACCCGGUAUCAAUAAUUUGAACGCAUUAGGAGCGAUGAAAAUUGAAUUGCCUCCUAUAGCAUCACUGAAUGGCAGCCAAUAUCAGUUUAGUGGUCCAUUACCGGGACCCCGUGAAAUUCAAUCAAAUAUAGAGGAAUAUAGAAAGCAACCCAAUACUUUUACGCAACAGGUUGACCCUAGAAUAGAAGGCUCCACCGUGCAUUUAAAGGCAAUUAAUGAUUUAUUUUGGCAUCCAAAGCAAAAAUAA